AUGAAUAGUUUAAUUAAAUCAACCAAUAUUUUAAAAUUAAAUAGUAAUUCAUUAUUUUUAAGUAAAUGUAAUUAUAGUGUUUUAUCACAAAAGAAAUUUGAUAAAAUUAAAAAUAAAAGAGAUAAAGAACAAAGAUUAUUAAAAGAAGAAAAAGAAAAGUUUUUUUCAGAACAAUCAUCAGUUUCAGUUGAGGAUUUAGAUUAUCCACAAGUUUUAAAUAAUGUUAAAGAAAAAUAUCAAAAGUAUGGUGCAAUUUCAAAUCAUUUAGUUGCAGCUUUAUUUAGAAAAUCAAAAACAUCAGAAGAACUUUUUCAAAGUUUAGCAUUCUACAAAAGAGUUGGAAACAAAUCAAGUGAAUUCUUUAAACCAUCACAAAAGACUUACAUUUUCGAAUCAUUCCUCAAAAACAAUCAAAUUCCAUUAUUCUCAGAGAUGUUAAUUCAUAGUGAUAAAUUCCAAAUUUUCCCACAAAUGAAUGUAUUUGUUAAAUGUGUAUCUCAACUCUUAAGCAAACACGAAGGUGAAGUCGAGUUAGCCGCUUCACUCUUAUCAACCUAUCAACUUCGUAAUAAUUUAACAGUUCCAGACAGUUUUCUCAACUCUUUAGGAAAGAGAGUAGAUGCUGAAGGUGCUUCAUUAAAAGUCAUCGAUUUACUUAAAAUCUAUCCAGUCAACUUAAAGUUAGGUAUCACUUCAGAUCUUGGUAAAUAUAUUAUUCGUAGUGCCUAUCUCGAAGAAAACAAAGAAGAAAUCUAUAAAGUUUUAGUUGAAAAAACUGAUAAAUUCGAUCAAUUUGAUGUCAUCACAAAGAGCGAAUAUGUCACUUUUGAAAUCAUUGCAAACCAUAAUGUCGAAUCCCACAAAUACUCAAAUGAAAUAAUCAACAACGAAAAUGUUUAUAAUCAAGUCGUCAAAAACUUAGAAAAACUUUUAAAUAACGAAAAUACAUCCGAAAACACUAAAAAUAAUAUUAAAAGAUCAAUUUCAAAUUUUACAAUCGAUCCAAAAUUAAAAAACCACUUUAAUUUAUAA